CCCGUUAGCAUACUCUCUGCCUGCCCUUUGACUCUGCCUGUUAUAUCUCAGUAGUAGCACAUCACUGAACUACAAUGUCUCUUCGAAUUUCUACUGCAUCUAGGAAAAUCUCUUCCUAUGACGGAGGUGCUAAGAUGUCAGGCAUUGGUGGAGGAAGUCUAUAUGGCUUUGGUGGGGGAUCUAUGGGAGGAUUAGGCAGUAGCUAUGGAGGGGCUAUAUGCACUGGUUAUGGUGGAUCUGGAUUUGGUGGUGGUGUUGGCUUUGGCAGUGCCUCUGUGGCAGGUGGUGGUUAUGGAGCAAACUAUCGCUCCACUUCAUCUGUUUCCAUGAGUGGGGCCUAUGGAGCUGGUGAUAGCGUCUUUUUGGCUGGUGCUGAAAAGGAAACCAUGCAGAAUUUAAAUAGCCGCUUAGCAAACUACCUGGAAAAGGUGCGUUCUCUGGAGGAGGCCAAUGCUGAGCUUGAGCGUAAAAUUCGCCACUGGUAUGAGAAAAAUGGACCUGGGGCACCUGGAGUGACUCGUGAUUACAGCAAGUACCAUCACAUGAUUGAUGAACUCCGCAACCAGAUUGUGAAUGUAACCAUCGAGAAUGCUAAUGUAGUCUUACAGAUUGACAAUGCCAGGCUUGCUGCUGAUGAUUUCCGAAUGAAAUUUGAAAAUGAGCUCUUCCUUCGCCAGAGUGUUGAAGGAGACAUCAAUGGUCUGCGUAGAGUACUUGAUGAUCUCACCAUGAAUCGCUCUGACCUAGAAGCACAACUUGAAAGCCUCACAGAGGAGCUGGCAUACCUUAAGAAGAACCAUGAGGAGGAAAUGACUCUACUGAGGAGCAGUUCUACAGGAGAUGUCACAGUGGAAAUGAAUGCUGCUCCAGGAAUAGACUUGACUAAGCUACUGAAUGACAUGAGAGCACAAUACGAAGACCUUGCAGAACAAAACCGUAGAGAAGCGGAAGAACAAUUCAUCAAAAUGAGCCAGCCACUGCAGCAACAGAUCCACGAUGAUGCCGGUGCUGCAAGUACAGCCAGGAAUGAAUUAAUAGAACUCAAACGAAGUCUUCAGUCCCUGGAAAUUGAAUUACAAUCCCUUUUGGCAAAGAAAGCAUCUCUGGAAGGAACCUUGGCAGAAACCGAAGGGAACUACAGCACUCAGCUUAGUCAGUUACAACUUCAAGUCAGCAGCCUGGAAGAACAGCUGCAACAGAUCAGGGCUGAAACAGAGUGCCAAAAUUCAGAGUAUCAGCAAUUGUUGGGCAUCAAGACCAGACUGGAAAUGGAAAUAGAAACAUACAGACGUCUACUAGAUGGGGAAAGUAUCCGUGCUGCUUACGAGACAAAAGUUCAAAUCAGAGAACCCACCAAAACUAGGGUGGUUAAAACCAUUGUUGAAGAACUGGUGGAUGGCAAAGUCAUCUCUUCCCAAGUGAAAUCGGUGGAAGAAAAGACAACUAAAUAAACUGCAAGAAGGAAAUAUUUCAAAGCUUGCUUUUGAGGGAAAACUUGGGUAGAAGAAAGCCAUCAGAAUCAAUUGUCAAUUCGCAGCUUAGCAGCUUUUUGCUAAUAUGGGACUGGGAUUCAAAUUUAAUCAAAUUUACUUAGACAAGACUCACUGAAACCAGAGAAUGAUUAAGUAUGGAACCAACCCAAGGAGUCUAGAAAAAGAAAUCCUACACAUUAUGCUUUCUUCUAAUUUUAAAAUACUGACUUAAAAAUCACAUUCUGUUUUCUGCUGCAAUGCAAUAAAUCUUCUGUUUGCAAGUUA